CAGCCACAGUGAUGUGUAUUACAAUAGCAGGUUAUUGACAACGUCUCUGCGCAAGGAUGGAAAAUAGAAUCUUUAUGAGAUAUUUGAGAAAUGGAAUACUGUCUUCUUUUUACCACUGAGAAGAGCGUCUCUCGUAUUGCUAGCGAUUCUGCCUUUAGGCUGAGCAAGUUGAGAAGCUUGUCUGCGACGACGCCAAGUUAUUGGAGAAGCCUAGAGAAAAAAUAUUCGGAAGGAAUACAAUGACUAUGUCAGUACCCGAGAGGAAUUCAGGCUCUGAGGGCAAGGAAGAAGAGAGUGAGGAUGAAAGUGAAAUCCUGGAAGAGAGCCCAUGUGGACGCUGGCAAAAAAGAAAGGAUAAGGUGAGCCAGGGUAAUGUCCCAGGCUCGGAGAGUGCCUUCCUCGCCAUGGAUACCGAGGAGGGAGUGGAGGUGGUUUGGAAUGAGGUGUUCUUCUCAGACAGGAAGGUCCUCACGGCUCUGGAGGACAAGAUUAAAGAGAUGUUUGAGAACCUAAUGCAAGUGGAACACCCCAACAUAGUCAAGUUCCACAAGUACUGGCUGGACACGAAAGAUAACCAUGCUCGAGUUGUGUUUAUCACAGAGUAUAUGUCCUCGGGCAGCCUGAAACAGUUUCUCAAGAAAACCAAGAAAAAUCACAAGACCAUGAAUGUAAAGGCGUGGAAGCGGUGGUGCACUCAGAUUCUGUCAGCCCUCAGCUACCUCCACUCAUGUGAUCCCCCAAUUAUCCAUGGCAACUUGACUUGUGACACCAUUUUCAUUCAGCACAAUGGGCUUCUCAAGAUUGGCUCAGUGUGGCAUCGGCUGUUUGUGAAUGUCAUCCCGGAGGCCAGUGUCCAUGGGAAGAUGCGACACCAGCGCGACGAGAAGCGCAACCUGCAUUUCUUCUCCCCGGAAUAUGGCUCGGGGGAGGAUGACUACGCCAUCGACAUUUUUUCCUUUGGGAUCUGUGCUUUGGAGAUGGCUGUGCUGGAAAUCCAAGCUAAUGGAGAUGCUGUUGUGUCCAAGGAGGCCAUAACUAAUGCUGGUCAAUCGCUAGAGGACCCCCUUAUGAGAGAGUUCACGCAGUCGUGUGUGAGACAUGAAGCCACCGACAGGCCCACAGCCCAUGACCUGCUGUUCCACCGUGUGCUGUUUGAAGUCCACUCCCUCAAACUGCUGGCCGCCCACUGCCUCAUCAGCAACCAGUACCUGCUCCCUGAGAACUGUUUGGAGGAGAAGACAAAGUCAAUAGACCCAAAUUCUGUCAUGGCUGAGAUUUCCCAUGGAGACCGACCUGGAGUGCAGUUGAAGUACUCUCACGUGUCUUCGCUGGAGCUUGAUAAAUUCCUUGAGGAUGUGAAAAACGGAAUUUACCCCUUGAUGAAUUUUGCCUCCACUAAACCCCACCCUGUGCCUCGCGCCCUCUCCAUGUCCCAGGAACAGGUGGAGACCUCAAAAACCCCGACUCCUGAGCCCCAGGAGACCGAGAGCAGGAAGGUGGUGCAGAUGCACUGCAACCUGGAAUCUAAUGACGAAGGGACCAAAACUCAUCUUUCCCUGUUUCUCAAAAUGGAGGACAAAUUACAUCGACAACUCAGCUGUGAUAUCCUGCCAACUGACAGCUCCAGAGACCUGGUCAAUGAGCUGGUUCACUAUGCCUUCAUCAGUGAGGAGGAUGGUGAGAGGAUGGUGGCAUUUCUUGAGGAUGCAUUAAGUCGCCACAGAGGAUCCCUAAUAACGUCCGGGGUGACUGCCACAGUGACCCAGGGAAGAUAGGGCGCUGUGGAGUAGUCUGCCCACUGGGGGAGGGGGGAUCCAUGGAGACAGAUGUGCCUGUUCGGCUGAAUAGGGAGAUGCUUUAUAAGGAGGAUCAUGAGAAAGAGAGUUAGAAGAGCAGAGCACAGAGUCCAAGUGCCACGCACACGGACAGAGGGAUUGAUUCAUCAGUGAGAAGAUCAGGCUCAUAAGCAGGAGAGAAAGAGAAAGAGAGAGAGAGAGAGAGAGAGAGAACAUGUCAGCCCGAGAAGGGCCCACACAGGACCCAGGGCAUGACUAAGGCAUCCCACAUUGUUGUGGGAUAAUGAUAGUUGUGCCCAUCUCAGACCUGAGUGUCGUCCAUGCCUUAGGGUGAGCAGCCAUGUUCUGUUUUCCCCUGUUGGCAAUGUCCUCCUUGCUGGGGGGACCCACAUUACCAAGAGCAAGCGUGGUUUCAUAAGCGUGUAAGUUAUGGGAGAGAACAAAAGAUGACAGCUCUGUCUGCAUGUAAUUUGCUUCUUGUCAAUUCCUAGUUGACAACCCAGUUGGUCAUUUAGUAAAGAUAUUGACUUAAAGGCAUAUUUUCAUUAGGUGGUAACAUUUUUGCCAUUAGAUUUUUUACAUUUCUCUUGUAUACUAUACCCCAGAACUGUUCUAAUGGAACGCUUCUCAGAAGAAAAUUCAAUAUUUUUUCUUAUGGACCAGUAAUUUCUGGCCUUCAGUCUCUAAAAAGCUUGUCAAUUUAAAGUAUUGGAGUACUGCAUAUGCUGCACUGGAUGCUUUGUGUCUACAAACCGGCAUCCAUUUUUAUUAGUUAAAAAUAAUCGUGAGAAAUAUUGGAUUGAACAUACUUAAGUGCCCACCUAGACAGCCUUUUCAUCUUAGUUACUAAUUUAUUGAGGUUAUGUG